AUGGUUGACACUGGAGGCGCUCUGGACCAAACGGACUCGCAGUGUGACGUCAGCGCUACGGAUGUCUCCUUUCUCUGGAUCAGUGCAGGUUUUGGGGCUUUAGCGCAGAUCAGGCGGCCUGGAUGGCUUCAGGACUUGUCCGACGGCGGAGGGAACAUUGUGGAGUAUGUCACAGUGGUGGAGGAGUCCCAGCUGUGUGAACAGGGAAUCCCGGAGGAGAACCAGGUGGAGGAAGUCCUGGUGACCGGCUCAGAAGGAGAGGUGGAGCAGACUGUAGUGCUUCAGGACGAGGAGUGUCCUGCGGUCAUUGUGGAGGAGGUGCCCAGUGCUCAGGUGGAAGAGUGCUACUCUGCACAGGUGGUGGUGUAUGGAGAUGAGACUUAUCUACUGCAGGAUGUGGCAGAGGAGGAGGUGGUCACAGAGGUUGCAGAAACUGUGGAGAUGUCGGCUCAUGACAUGGUGUGUUUCGAUAAGACGUUUGAAGCAGCAGAAGCUCUGCUGCAUAUGGAGUCUCCAGGUGGUCUGCACAAUGAGCGCGGCUCAGACGACGUGAUGAUGGAGACCGUGGUGGAGGUGUCCACAGAGUGCGGCCCCAUGGAGGAGGAGGAGGAGGAGGAGACUUUUCCUAUGGCUCCUGACUGCGAGCCUUCAGCCAAGAAAAAGAAAGGAGGACGGAAGCCCAAAACUCACCAGCCAGCGUCCAAUGGUUCGUUUGACCUGGGCAUCAAGAAGAGGCCCAAAGAGGGCAAAGGAAACACCACUUAUCUGUGGGAGUUCCUUUUGGAGCUGCUGCAGGACAAGAACACAUGUCCUCGCUACAUAAAGUGGAUGCAGCGAGACAAGGGCAUCUUCAAACUGGUGGACUCCAAGGCUGUGUCCAAACUGUGGGGAAAGCACAAGAACAAGCCUGACAUGAACUACGAGACCAUGGGCCGAGCGCUCAGGUAUUACUACCAGCGUGGGAUCCUGGCCAAAGUGGAGGGCCAACGCCUCGCCUACCAGUUCAAGGAGAUGCCGAAGAACAUCCGUGUGAUUGACGAAGAGGAGGUCCCAGAGUCUGAGGAUGCAGAGGCCGCUCAGCACCUGGCUCUCCAGCAGGGUGGUGUGACCCUGAGCUCCAGCCCUCAGGCCCAGCAGACGUACGUGACUGUGAUCCCCGCCAACACAGGAGCCAGGCCCAUCCGAGCUAUGCCCAUGAUGGUGAACUCUUUAGGUCAGGUGACCCUCAACUCCUCUUCCCUCCUCACCACCACGGGAGUCCCGGUGUCGGUGGGUGGCACCAACUGCAGCCCCAAGCUGCUGAUCCAGACCAUGCCCACAAUACUGCCUGGAGGGUCCAAAGCUGGGGACAAGAUCACCAUCAUCACCAUCCCGGCCAGCCAGCUGAGCACCCUCAUGCAGGGGAACACACUCACCCCUGGUCGGCCCCCUCACCUCAUCCUGGCAAAACCGGCAGCUGUGGCCCAGGCCCUGCCCCAGCUGUCUGUGCAUGUGUCCCCCAGCCCUUCCACACAGCCCCAGCCUGCAGAGGGGCCCCCGGACACCCCCACGGACCCCCCUUCUGAUCCCCCCACAUCCUGA